AUGAAGGUAACGUUCAGUAUGCCCGAAAAACCAUCCAAAGCUUCCCGCAAGCAGUCGGACUCAUCUCAGUUGUCUAAGGAAAGGUUUAUGGGCCCUGAAUCAUUUUUUCCAGUGUCUUCUGCAGGCACGGGCAGCAGUCGAGAGCUUGCAUUGAUGGAAGAUAUUACCCCCAAACAUUUGAACAGGUCACCGCCGUCCAAAAGUAAAGCAACAACAUCCCUAUCACAGACAAAGCUUUCUGAGCAUAGGUCUGGCGGAAAACGGGCUAAUAGCACCAAUCUUUCAGGAGCAGAUAGAGAAAAACUUAGGAGCAGGUUAUCCAACACACUACUUGGAUCUUCUAAGGACGUCAAAGACAUCAAUCCUCAGUUUGUAGACAAGAAUUAUCUGAUAGAAGCUUCUCUGCAGGGGGACAAUCCAUACCUCUCCAUUUUCAAGGAUAACCAAUCGAUGGAUAACUUCGAUAUCAAGUAUAUCACUUUGGAUCAAUACUACCUAUUGAUGACUUUUUUUACCACCAAGAAACUGCCACCGGCGGACAAAAUGUUCCCUUGGUUGCACGGUAUUCAUCGUAAUAAUCGUGCUCAAAUCGAGUUUAUUCGUGCCGCAAUGCAUAUGAGGUCAUUGAUCCCAAAUUUUGAAGUCCCCAGAGAUAUACGAGAUUACAUUUUUUGUAGAUCUGCUCCAUGUGCUGGUGACAUUAUUGCAAAUUCUGGCAUGUUAUUGAAUUCCCUGGAACCACGAGAAAUACUUACCGCAUGGGAAGGGUCCUCUAAACUGGAACUAAAGAUUUUCCUAAAAGGAUUCCUCUCCAAAGUAAAGAUGGAUUCCUCUUUUUUAUCUCUCAUUAUCGAUGAUUGCUACAAGUUAAAAGUACUUCCUUUAUUUUUGGAACUGGAUCCAGUGAAUACAAUUAGUUUGCGGAAUGUAGGGAUUCAAUGUUCAAAAAUAAGCCAUAUCUCUGACAUAUUUUGUUAUUGUCUCAACGAUGACCAUUUACAGCCAAAUUCUGAGAAUUGUUCCUGCGAGUCUCUUGCUCGCUUAAUACGCUUGGCUCAGAUGUACAAGAAAUCAACCUUACAAGACCUACAAGAUUGCAGAUAUCGUUCGUAUAUCUUACCAAGGCUAGAUAUCAAUGAACUCGACCAACAAAAGUUGAUGGCAUUAGUUCCUGUUGAAAGUUCUGAUUCAUUUCGAACUCCAGGCCACUUACUGUCCUCGUUUGAUAUUCUGAACUUCAAUAACUGGGAUGCCGAUUAUUUGUAUAAAGAAUCCCUUGAGUUGUCCAAGAUGUCUGCAGCAACAGAGAUAAAGAAUGGCCUAUGGCUCGGUAAUCUUACUGAUUUUCAUAGUUUGCAAACGCUGAAGGCGCAAGAUCAAGAUUUUAAUUACGAACAGGAGCAUCUAAAGCACGGACAAUUAUUCCAGCCACAUCCAAAAUACUUUGAUGAAAGGAAUACCAUUGUCUCCCUGACCUCCAAUGAAAUUUUAUCUGUUGAUGACGAAUUUCAUUUGAUACCAUUCCCAAGAGCUAAUUGGCGCGUAUUCAUACAUUGUAAAGAUGGGAACAAAUUUCCAACUCUAGAGCAAUUAGAGAUUUUGUUCGAUGGACUUGACGAGAGUGAAGGGGAGGAUAUAGUUAUUGACUUUCCCAAUUCAGGCUCUGUAAGCAUAGGUGAUUGCUCCGAACAGGAACUUGUGGCUGUGGUUAAUUUGUGCAAAUAUAUUUAUCUGAAAACACAGCUCACUGGAGCUCCAGCCUUGUUAUUUUGUUCUGACGGAUAUACUGAAAGCUCUUUGUUAGUCGUAAGUUUACUCACUUAUUUGGAUAUGGUUUCUGUUGACCAAACAAUUAUAAAUCUUCACAAAGAAUAUUUCAGACCAUGCUUCCUUUUUGAGUCUGACUACAUAUUUUUGAAGAAAGUGGAACCACUGUUAACGCACUUCUCUCCCAAGGGUAUACCGAUUGAUUCAAUUUCAAAGACAAUGGUCACUGUUUCCUCGUUAGCAAGUAUAUUUUUGAAGUCAAGUAGUCUCAAACUGAAUGACAACUUGAUUACCAAAAAUGUUUGCUUUAAUUUGAAAGGUUCGUUACCCUCAAGAAUUUUGCCCCACUUAUACUUAGGAUCUCUUAAUCAUGCUAACGACCUACCACUACUGAAUGAACUAGGCAUAACGAGAAUAGUAGGAGUUGGAGAAUGGGCUGAAUGGAUGACGUAUAUGCCGUAUACACAACGAAAAACGCACUCAGGCUGUUCGAUAUUGUCUUUGUCUCAUGGUGCACAAACACCCGACGGGAUUCCCUCCAUGAUAAAGCAAAUGCUGGCAUUUGAUAUCAAAGAUGAUGGAGUUGGGACUUUGACCGAGACGAUAAAUGAUGCUCUUGAUUUUAUUCAAGCCGCCUACGAACAAAACGAGAAAGUAUUAGUUCACUGUCAAGUAGGUGUGUCCAGGUCUGCAUCCCUGUGUAUUGCUGAAGUUAUGAAAAGAUUAAACGUCAGUCUUCCUAGAGCAUACCUUUACGUUAGAGUCAGAAGACUCAAUGUUAUCAUCCAACCAAACUUAAGGCUCUUGUACGAGCUUUAUACCUGGGAAGAAACAUUUGUGGAAAGUCAAAAUAGAGAUCUCAACAGAGUUUUCAAAGGUGAAAGAGAAAGAUGGUCUAGGGAUAGAUCGGAGAGUCUUGAAUCUACCACUAGCUCAGUCGUUUCUAGAGUUUCACUUGCCACAACGGAUCGAACCUCCAUAGGCAUGGGCUCAACGAGCUCGAGGAGAAGUUCUUUCAAACCUCAAAGUUUUAGAAGUGAGAUGCUCCUUGUGGAAGAACAGGAGGAGCCAGAUAACAUCUCCACUUCGGUCGAGUCACCAUUGGAAACUAAUGAUCAUCAUGGUGGAGUCAUACUGGAAGCUUCCAUAAGCUCUGAGGAUGGAGAUGUUGUCCAGAUAAAGGAUUAUCCCAUGCGCAUCAAACGAAAUGUACCCGAUUACUUUUUACGAGAGACCAGCUGGCAGAUAUUAUGUCGAGAGAUACAUUCUUUGAAUAGUCCUUAUAUUCAGACCAUUACCUGA